AUGCAUCUGCAGCUGUCCUUGGGACCAGCAGAAGCAGAAGCAAAGGCAGCACCUGCCGCGGAUCUCUUCGUGCGGCCCUCCGGCUCCCACGUGGCGGGUUGCAUUCGAGGUGGGCCGGCAGUGGUGGUGUGGCGCCUUGAUGCCCCCCGUGCCAGCAACGAUGGCCGCAGUACGGAUGGCGUUGUGCUGGUGGACCCACAUGCAACACAUGCGUGCAAUUUUCGUGUGACGGCGCUGUCGGGUACUGAGCACUUCAUCCUCGUUGGCCGCGUUGACGGGGGCCUACAGGGGUGGGGUUGGGAUGGGGCCCCGCUCUUUGCUCUGCCUGGCGUGGAAAAGAGGGUGGGCAGCACUGCUGCUGAGAUUCAGCCGGAGGCAGUUGUGGCGCUCUCGCAGCCGAUGUGUGCGGGGCCCCGCGGCGUGGUGGGCAUCGCGGUCUUGUACGACUCCAGCAUGCGUCUAUUGGACACAGCGUCGAGGCAAUUCAUACCUCUCUUGACGGAGCAGCAGGAGCAGGAGCAUAGUUCGAGCCACACCAUUCUCUUGGGAAGCGGCUGCACAUGCCUCAGCGCAACUGACACGGGUUGCGUCGUGGGGGGCAGUCGAAGCGCCUUCUUCAUGCGGCACAGCGAUGCGGCAUCUGGCGGCCGCAUGACGCUGGCAGCCGUGACUCCGCAGCCCCAGGUAGAGGGAAGUGACAGUGAGGGCGAAAUCUGUUGUGUGGCACUUCGGCCAACGUCGAAUGCUGUCGACUUUGCUGUCGGAUAUUCGUCCGGUGCCGUUGCAUUCUUUCAUGGCGCAGAAGGCGUGCAGGGCGGGUCCAUUGGCCCACAGCCGCAUAGCAGCAGUGGUGGUGGUGUUGUUGCGAUGGACAGUGCCGCCGAGUACGUGGUCUCCGGCGGUGCUGACGGGAAUGCGGUGGUGUGGUUGUGGGAAACGCGUGGGCCGAUCUUCACAGUGACGGUGCGCACGCCUGUGCGACACCUCUGCCUCCACCCUCGCGGCCACUGCUUUGCCACAUUCAACGCGGAUGGCUCGGUGAAGGUGUACGACACGCACGAGGGGAAGGUGGUGCGCAUCCGUCGUGGCCACAACAAUCAUGCGGCCGACAAGGGCGCGUUCUUGUCUCCGCUGGGCUCCAGCAAUGAGUGGUGUAGUGUGUCGGCGCAGGACGGCACGCUGUGCCUUUGGGCUGUCGACGCCACUAUCACACUUCACUGGCCUGUCUCCGCCGCCGCUGCGGCUGCUGGUAGUGGUGGUGGUGGUGGUGUAAUGGAGGAGCAAGAGAAGGAGAGUAUAAUAGUGGAUGGGGAAGGGCGUAGUGAAGCGCCUGUGGUCCGUAGACCGCUUGCAGAUGAAACACUGCAGGUCCGUCUUGGUGAAUUUGCCAAGGGGCUAAUGAUGUCACCCACCUCAUUGUUUUCCGGUGCUGGGGAUAAUGGCCACGAAUCCAUGCGCCCCCCUCCGCGAACAACAGCAGCUGCGGCAACACUAACACGAGCAAUAACAAGAAGAGGGAGAAAAGAGACCACUGUUGCACCGACGGACACCGAGUCACGUCAGAGUGACAGGUUCGCUGAUCCCCAGCCGUACCUGCAACAGCGGCCGCAGACUGGAGACUCGUUGGUGCAGGGAGUGACGCCCGUGACGCUUCCCUCCCCGCCGCACACCGCAGAAUACGACCUCACCGAUCUUGAUGUCAAUCUCUCACCGUUCACCUCGCUCCCGCAGACGGGUCGGCAGAAGUCAGCGAGGCUACCCGAAAUGCCGUGGGGUGCCCUCGCGGUCACGCACCUGCGCGCAGAGCACCGUUACAACCGCCAGUCCCUCGGCAUUGCACGGCCGCAGCCGGUGCUUGCUGGAUCCCGCAUCUCCGAUGCCGCCCUCGGCAUACUUGAGCGUGCCGGCUUGCUCUCCUCGGCCUUCGACUGCGCCGCCUUUACCGCCAUAGUGCCUGUUGUGCUGCUUCUCAACGACGUCCAGGGCAGUAUUGCACUGCGCAUGUACCUUAGCGGCCUUGCGAAUACUGUGAGGUCCCCCUGCACGGCGCUGCACCUUCUUUCCAUGUACACGAGUCUCGUUGUGGACGUACCCGUCGUGAUGGAAAAGUUCAUCCGUGUGGUGGCACCGUGCGAGUUGAGUUCUCUUCGAACCUUCCCUGCUGCGUCCCCCUUCAGACGGAAGGAUCUUAUGCUGCUGCAGCUGCUAGUCCACGCUUACCGCGAGAUGGUACACAUACUGCCGACGGAGCCACCCCGAGUGCGGCCGCCCCGCUACUUGUACCGCUGGCACCGCGAGUACCUGCCAACAACGCACAUUGGGCGUGAAGUUGUCUUCACGUCUGUCCCCUUCGUCACGUGCGACCUCGAGACGGUUAUCGUGCAGCUCUCAUCUGACAAGGCGUCACCACUGCUGCCACCGCCGUCUGUGAGCGGCGUGUUCGCGCAGGACAGCAGCGCGUCCUUCACACCGUGUAAAAAAGAGUUGCUGCUCCACGGCACGCUUGUCGUCAUUGAGAAUAUAUCCGCCAUGCCGUGUGGGGACCAUUUGUUCAUGGGUGGUGUGAGCGAUUACGUGUUUCACCCCUUCACAAAGUUCCAUGUGGGGUCAUCGGACCUGGCGCGCAUGACGGUGGCGCAGAAGAUGGAGUGCCCCAUCUCGUUUCAGUCGCGCGUGGCUCUGUGGAUGCUGCACGAGGUGCAAGAGUGA